AUUCGCAACUUGCAACAGGAGCUUACUUCAAUAUCAUCUCACAGAAAGCAGCGUUCAUUUGCAAUCAUUCCUUAAUCUUAAAAUGUUGUUCAUGAUGUCUGCUGCCAAACCCCACAUUGCAAUCUUUCGGUCGAUCAUAUCUUUUGGAAGAAUAACAGACUAAAAGAACCGGAGAUCUGAGCGCACAUGGAUUUCCAAAAACGCACAGCGCUAUGUUGGAGCGGUUCCGUUCAGGUGAGAUUCUGCGCAUUGUUUCCAAGUUUAAUGCAACGAGGACUCGUAAAGCUGUUUCUUUUCAGUCAGCAACACAAUGUCCAGCAGACAUUUAUGUGGCGAUUACAUAUGAUAACAGAAGGGGUGUGAAGCUCACUUCGCCGCGCGCAUAAUCAUCUGACACCUGGAGAGCUCAUUGAACAUCUAGAGCAUCGCCAAUGGCGUGACCAAUCUCCUUCAUUCUACGUACAAUGGAUGAUAAAUCCAACAAACUCCUUUUAGUUCCCGUUUUAACCGUUUUAUUUGUCAUGAUCGGCUAUCAGUACAUCUGUCCGGCGGGCAGCACGUCCUGUCGGUUUGGCAACGGAGAGAGUUUGCCGUUCUCCAGAUACCCCGCAGACGUCAAGAGAGAGUCUCCGGAUCCGGACGGGUUGCGGUCCAAAUUCAACUUCACGCGCGACGAUCUCGAGCGCCACGUGGAUUUCGACAUCAAGGACGAAGACGUGAUCGUGUUCCUGCACAUCCAGAAGACCGGAGGAACCACGUUCGGCAGACACCUGGUGCGCAACAUCCACCUGGAGCGCCCGUGCGACUGCCGCUCCGGACAGAAGAAGUGCACCUGCCACCGGCCCGGUAGAGCGGAGUCGUGGCUCUUCUCGCGCUUCUCCACGGGCUGGAGCUGCGGUCUGCACGCGGACUGGACCGAACUCACGAGCUGUGUCCCGGCAGUGAUGAAUAAAAAGCAGAAGAAAGACGCGCCUUCGAAACGAAGGGAUUUCUACUACAUCACGCUCCUGCGGGACCCUGUGUCACGCUACCUGAGCGAGUGGAAGCACGUGCAGCGCGGCGCCACGUGGAAGACGGCUCUGCAUAUGUGCGAUGGCCGUCCGCCAACUCCAGACGAGCUCCCGGCCUGCUACAGCAGCGAAGACUGGACCGGCGUGUCUCUGCAGGAGUUCAUGGCCUGUUCGUCAAACCUCGCCAACAACCGUCAGACUCGCAUGCUGGCCGAUCUCAGCCUGGUGGGCUGCUACAACCUGUCUUCCAUGAGCGAGGAGCGACGGGCCGAAAUGCUCCUCAGCAGUGCCAAGCGCAACCUGCGUCGCAUGGCUUUCUUCGGUCUCACAGAGUUUCAGCGGAAGACGCAGUUUCUGUUCGAGAGGACGUUUGGCUUGCACUUCAUCUCCGCCUUUACUCAGAUCAACGGCACCCGGGCGGCCGGGGUCACCGUGGGGACGUCAACGCGGAGGCGCAUUGAGGACUUGAAUGCGUUGGACGUGCAGCUGUACGAGUACGCGCGGGAGCUUUUCUUGCGACGGGUACAGUACUGCCAUCAGAUGGAGAGGCAGGAGGUGAGAGAGAGGAGACGAGAGCAACGCAGGAAAAUGAAGGCCAAACAACAGGACGAAGAGGAAAGAGAAGAUGCGGAAGAGGAAAUAGAAAUAAUGAGAGAGGAAGUAACAGGUGUGACUGAAGACUACAGUAGUCAGGUGGUGAGAUGGUGAGGUCUUUCCAUACACCUUCAUUCAGUUUUCUAACUGUGUCAGAGGUCUUGAGGGUUCAAUAAAUCAAGUAAAUGCUAAAAGUAUAAGAUUGUAUUUCUUCUUGGUUAAAAUGGAUAUGUAGGUGCUUAGUUCAAAACCCAGUGUGUUGGUGGCCGUUCUGCACUUUUUAAAAUGAGUAUAUAAUAUUGUAUGAUUCAGUAUGGUACAUUUCUCCGAAGUGUAUUUUAUGUAAUAAAUCUGUCAAUGUUACAGAAGUUGAACUAAAAACGGUGCCUGUCAGUCUCAAAUGUCUCACUUUAUUUGGGUAAACUCAAAUUUUGUCCAUUUCAGCUUUUUGUCGUCCGGCACAGGUCGUUGUUUUUCAAGUAAAAACUUUCGGAUGAAAAAUGAAAAGCGGAAUAAAGGACAAUCAUGUUACAUCAGGGACAUCAUUUGAUUUUUUUUUAUUAUUUUUUUAAGGCCCAGUGUCCCUUCACUCAUUAUUAAGUAUUUUGGGUGCUUUUGUGCCUUUAUUUCUUAUAGAAUAGUGAAGUGCUGAUGUCUUCAUCAUCUGCUAAAGUCCAUAAAUCCAGAUCCACCCAGCAUCUGUUAUGCUUAAAUGGGCUGUAUCUCACGUUUUAAAUAAAAUAUUUGAAAUUGAGUCCAUGUUUUUGACCUAAAGCAUCAUUUUGUUACAAUGUGGCGGUCAAAUACAGUAGAAUGUCCUCUUCAGUACAUGUUUUCCUGUUUCCUCAUGUAUAAAUUAACCAAGACACACAGACCAGAUAAAUAAGACAAUAUUACAUUAUAACAGAUAAUUAUGGAUCUAAUAUAAAACUGUUAGUUGACUGGAGAUGUUGUGAGUCAUAUUUUUACAAUACCAACCAGUUGAUGCCUUUUUAUUUCUCUGUUGGGGUAUUUUGGUACAAUAAUAAUGUGUAUUAAGGGCACGUGUAUAUAUGUACAGUAAACACAACUUAACGUUUGCUUGUCUGAAAAGGAUGUGAGAUC